AUGGCGGACCCGCAACAUCACUACCAGGCCUAUCAGCCAUACCCUUCGCUCGCUCAACCGUAUGACGACCGCGAACAUGCAUCCCACGACGACUCAUCCAACUCCCAAUUCCCCCAGUCAGGGCCUCCGCCGCCAACACACCGCAUCCCCGUAGGCAUGCACCCAGAUAGUGGCUACAGCAACAUGCAAUCGCAACAUCAUUACGGCUCGCAGAACUAUUCGGACUUCUCGCCUGUUGGCAUCACGCCUGGAGCAGACAAUCUCGGCGAGGCCGCACCAGGAGGGGGAAUCAACGGGGUCGCCAUGGGAGUUGCUCACGCGCAUGAAAGAGAAACGGGUGGGCCAGCUGCUCCUUUCACAGACCACAAUCGUUACGAUCCCUCGAUACCCCGACGUCCCGUACACCCUCAACCGUCAUAUGGGUCGAACGUACCUCUAGCAGCAGCAGCAAUACCACCUGGAAGUGCCUUCGGCGGAGGCAGCUGCACGACGAGCAGUUCAGAACGAAGCCUUCCUUUGGAUUGCCGACCAACACCCCCUGACUCGGUCGCCGUCUUCGGAGACGGCCCGUAUUCUGGAUACUCUUCCUCGAAUCUGAACCUCGCGCCACAGUUAGGCGCCAUUAAUCCGAACGAGGCCGAUGAUGACGAUGACUGGGGUAUAGGUCCACAAACGUCUACGCAACAGAAACGGAGGUCAUUCAUUCCUUUCACCGGUUCCAAGGAGCAAAGUCGAGAGGGGACGCCCACUGCUUCUGCGGCCGCCUUCGGUGCCGGUGCCGGUGCUGGAGCAGCGUACGCUGCGCAAGAUGCGAGCGGCCAAUAUCAGGCUGUACCGCGAACGCCUGGAUUACCCGGAGACGUGCCGCCUAUCUUGAAUGAAAAGUCGGAAUGGCUAGCAUCACAGAAGACCGGUAGCAAGCGGCUGAAGUGGAUUGUAGGAUCGCUCAUUGUGCUUGUUAUUAUAGGCGCCAUCGUAGGCGGUGUUUUGGGUGCCAUACUUACGAAGAAGAAGGACGGUGGAGGUGGAGGAGGCGGCGGCGGCGGCCCCGCUACACCCGAGACCGUGGAAGAAGACAAUAAGAGCGACCUUACCAUCAAGAGCGCCGAAAUCAAGGCCCUCAUGGCGACCCCUGGCCUGCACAAAGUCUUCCCAGGAAUGGACUAUACACCCCUCAACGCACAGUACCCCGAGUGCCUCCAUGUCCCGCCGUCGCAGAACAACAUUACUCGCGAUAUCGCAGUCAUGUCCAGACUCACAAACGCAGUGAGAUUGUAUGGUACCGACUGCAACCAGACCGAGAUGGUACUCGAGGCCAUCGACCGUUUGGAGCUAACGGAUAUGAAGGUGUGGCUGGGCGUCUGGCUGGGCAACAACAAAACGACCAAUACGCGCCAAGUCGACCAGAUGCACAAGAUUCUUGACAACUACAAGCCCGAGCGCUUCAAGGGCGUCAUUGUCGGCAAUGAAGUCCUGUACAGAGAAGACCUGAAGGAGACCGAGCUCCUGGAUAUCGUCGAAGAAGUCCGCGAUCAGCUGAAGAGUAAAGGCAGUAAUCUGCCCGUGGCGACGUCCGACCUCGGCGACAACUGGACCGCGGACAUGGCAACGAAGGUCGACGCCGUCAUGUCCAAUGUGCAUCCCUUCUUCGCGGGCGUGACGGCUGAGGAAGCGGCGGGUUGGACGUGGACGUUUUGGCAAACCCACGACGUGAUACUCACCAAGAACGAUCCGAACAUCAAGCAGAUUGUCGCCGAGGUGGGAUGGCCGAGCGGUGGCGGCAACAAUUGCGGAGGUAGCCCCUGUACGAGUAAGACGCAGGGGAGUGUGGCCAGUGUGGAGAAUCUGAAUACGUUCAUGGAGAGUUGGGUUUGUCCGAGCCUGAAGAAUGGGACGGAGUAUUUUUGGUUCUCGGCUUUUGAUGAGCCGUGGAAGGUCAAAUUCAAUGAGGACGGGAAAGAGUGGGAGGAUAAGUGGGGGUUGAUGGAUGUGAAUCGGAAGCUUAAGCCUGGUGUCAAGGUUCCGGAUUGUGGGGGGGAUGUUCAGUUGCCUGGUUGAAGAGAUGGGUAGAAUAAGAGAAGGAACAAGAGGAUCAUCGAUGCUGGGGAGACGUGGUGUGAUUGACGGCGCUUUUACUUCUUCUUUUCUUUUCUUUUCCUUUCUUUUUGUGUAUGUGCAUGGUUUGCUGCUGAGCUUUUGAGAUGGGGAUAUCAUCAUACUGUUGUGUGUUUGCGCGGAGGGAAAUGGAGGAAUUGGCAAGCUUGGGGCAAAGGUAUGUGUGUAUGGUGUUUGGGGCCGUCGUCGUGCCUUGGUAUAAGGUAGUUGUCUGUCGCAUUUUGGGCAGGGGCGUUCUUUUCAUGGGGUUUUCUUUGUCCUUUUUUUUUCUUUUCUUUUUCCUAUGCUCUUACUUCUUUUCCUCUCUGCGUUUUUUGGUCUCUUUUUUUCGCCGUUCUCCAGCGGAGGGGUGAGCGGCUUUGCAGAGAGGUCAGCUAGAGACAUGCGUUUGUGUACCG